UCCAGCUUUCUCGUCAUCCAUCGUAUUUGUACAAUAUAUUCAACCAGCAAAGCUGUUGAGGCAUUCCUGUUGGAUUACACUGUACCGAGUGAUUCCAGUUUAGGCUUUUCGAUUCUUCUCAUUAAAUCUCUCUCCGUCUCUCUUCUAUUCGAUCGAGCUCGAACGGAUAAAAGCUCGCGCAUCGCCGGCUAAGAUCCACAAAGGCCUCUUAUCUCUCUUAUGAAGCUUCAAAAGUUUCAUAAAGAUCCACGAAGCUUCGAGUUCUCAAAAGUCGCACAUCGGGUUUGAGGUCAUCUCGAGCGAGUCUCCGUCUCUCAUGGCGUCGCGUGCUGAAGCUUCCUGAUUCAGAAAUUGGAAAAAUCGAAGCUUCUUGGAUCUGGAAACCAACUUGCAUUCUUUACACCACGUGUGCUGUAAGAUCUGUUUUUCCUCUUCAGUCUUCCCUUCUGCAACAACAUCGAAUCCAGGGAGAAAUGAAAAGAGAGAGAGAACCUCAAACCCGAUGCGAUACUCAGCUUCAAGAGAACGGUUUCAUUGCAAUUCUAGAAUAGUAACUGUGAAGAAAACGCGCCUGUGCCUUACUCCGCCUCUCGUAUGAACAGUGUAUUCGGAUGAAUAAGAGAGUAAGCAUAAAAAUGACGGUGACACCUAAGAUCUCCAUCAACGAUGGGAAGUUGGUUGUCUAUGGGAAGACCAUACUGACUGGGGUGCCGGACAACAUCGUCCUGACUCCCGGAACUGGCGCCGGACUUCUCGCCGGUGCUUUCAUCGGUGCAACAGCCUCCUCUAGUAAAAGCCUCCACGUCUUCCCUGUCGGUACCUUAGAGGGUCUCCGGUUCAUGUGCUGUUUCCGGUUUAAGCUAUGGUGGAUGACCCAGAGAAUGGGGAUGUGCGGUAAGGAUGUUCCUCUGGAGACCCAAUUCAUGCUCAUAGAGAGCAAAGAUGGUACCGUAGAGGGAGGUGACCAGGAAGAUUCCCCAACCAUUUACACCAUCUUGCUGCCUCUCCUGGAAGGCCAGUUCCGUGCCGUUCUCCAGGGCAACGAGAAGAACGAGCUGGAAGUCUGCCUUGAGAGUGGAGACAAUGCUAUUCAGACCAACCAAGGCCUUCACCUUGUUUACAUGCAUGCCGGGGCUAACCCCUUCGAAGUCAUCAACCAAGCAGUAAAGGCCGUCGAGAAACAUAUGCAAACUUUUCACCACAGAGAGAAGAAAAGGUUGCCUUCUUUCCUUGAUUGGUUCGGCUGGUGCACAUGGGAUGCUUACUAUACCGGCGUGACAGCCGAGGGCGUCGAAGAGGGUCUUAAAAGCUUGUCGGGUGGAGGGACCCCUCCACGAUUCUUGAUCAUUGAUGAUGGUUGGCAACAAAUUGGCAAUGAAGUAAAGGAUAACCCCAAUUGUAUUGUCCAAGAAGGAGCACAAUUUGCUAGCAGACUAACAGGAAUCAAAGAGAAUGCAAAAUUUCAAAAGAGGGGCAAGAACAGUGACCAAGCCUCGGGCCUAAAGCACGUUGUAGAGGAAGCUAAAGAACAUCACAACGUUAAGUUUGUUUAUGUAUGGCAUGCUCUAGCUGGUUACUGGGGUGGUGUAAAGCCAGCUGCUGCUGGCAUGGAGCACUAUGACACUGCAUUGGCAUACCCUGUGCAGUCACCUGGGGUGUUGGGCAACCAACCAGAUAUUGUCAUGGACAGCCUUGCCGUGCAUGGUCUUGGACUAGUUCAUCCAAAGAAAGUCUACAACUUUUUCAAUGAGCUCCAUGCUUACUUGGCCUCAUGUGGAGUAGAUGGAGUUAAAGUUGAUGUACAGAACAUUAUUGAGACCCUUGGUGCAGGCUAUGGUGGGCGUGUUUCCCUCACCCGUAGCUAUCUUCAGGCACUUGAAGCUUCCAUUGCUCGUAAUUUCUCCGACAAUGGAUGCAUUUCCUGCAUGUGCCACAACACUGAUGGUUUGUACAGUGCCAAGCAGACUGCUGUGGUAAGAGCAUCUGAUGAUUUCUAUCCUCGGGACCCAGCUUCUCACACCAUCCACAUCUCUUCAGUUGCGUACAACACUCUUUUCCUGGGUGAAUUCAUGCAGCCUGACUGGGAUAUGUUCCAUAGUCUACACCCUGCUGCAGAGUAUCAUGCUGCAGCUCGAGCGAUUGGUGGAUGUGCAAUCUAUGUCAGUGACAAGCCAGGAUAUCACAACUUUGAUCUCUUAAAGAAGCUGGUUCUUCCUGAUGGGUCAGUGUUGCGUGCCCAACUUCCUGGCAGGCCUACCCUUGACUGCCUUUUUGCCGAUCCGGCUAGAGAUGGAACCAGCUUGCUCAAAAUAUGGAAUGUGAACAAAUGCUCUGGCGUGGUGGGUGUAUUCAACUGCCAAGGUGCAGGAUGGUGCAGUAUUAUCAAGAAGACACGCAUCCAUGAUGCAUCCCCUGGUACUCUCACUGGCUCUGUCUGUGCCACAGAUGUUGACCAGAUUUCUCAAGUUGCGGGUUCCAAUUGGGAUGGUGAAGUUGUGGUGUAUGCAAAUAGAUCAGGGGAGGUGGUUCGGCUACCAAAAGGAGCUUCACUGCCAGUGACCCUCAAGGUGUUGGAGUAUGAGCUUUUCCACUUUUGUCCCCUGAAGGAAAUAACAUCCAACAUCUCCUUUGCACCAAUUGGCCUUCUUGACAUGUUCAACACCAGUGGAGCUGUGGAGCAAUUUGAUUUCCAAAUGGCAACCGAGAAGACGGGACUUUUUGAUGGGGAGGUUCAAUCUGACAUCCCAUGUUCCCUCAGUGAAAACCGGUCACCAAGUGCGACAGUAAUCCUCAAAAUCAGGGGAUGUGGAAGAUUUGGUGCCUACUCAUCCCAGCGCCCACUGAAAUGCAUUACAGAAACCAAGGAAAUUGACUUCAACUAUGACUCCAACACUGGAUUACUAACCUUUACCCUUCCUGUCCCGGAGAAAGAGAUGUACAGAUGGCCAAUAGAAAUUCAAGUUUAAAUAGAUGUAGAAGCAAAGUAAUAAAUCAUGUCACUAUUUUUAGGGAAAGGCUGAGGUUGUGUAGGUGGCGUUGGGAGUGCUAGAUGACAGGUAGGAAUUUAUGGUGACAUGCAUCUGUUUCUGAUUAAUUGAUUAUUCAAUACUUAUGUAUUCUGAUUUCUGAGAAGGAAAGUAGAUCACUUGUUUGUUCUUUGAAAUUCAAUUUUUCAUGUUCCACUGUUUUCCUAUC